GCACUGAAGAAAUACUUGUGCUAUGUAUCUUGAGUUUUACAGAUGAAUUGUCAAUUGAUCUGUUUUUAAGUUAUAUGUAAAAAUCUUCCCUAGCUAGAUAUAAAUAGAGAUCGACGAUAUGAAGUUCAAGAUAGAACCGAAAGAAGUUUUCGUGACAUAAUAAUGGAUUCAGGAGAUGAAUUGAGCUCUACCGAGCUCCUUCAAGCUCAAGCACUUAUCUGGAAUGUUUCCUUCAAUUACAUGAAGCCCAUGUCUCGAAAAUGUGCCAUUGAAUUAGGCAUUCCAGAUAUCAUCCACAACCAUGGCCAAGCUAUUACUCUUUCCGAGCUCAUCCACUCUCUCCAUAUCCACCCUUCUAAAACUCAUUGCAUCUAUCGCCUUAUCCGUCUCCUAGUUCACUCUGGCUUCUUUGCAAACCAUAAAGGAGAUGAGAAAGCUCAACAAGAAGAAAAAUACUCUCUCACUCCCGCUUCUCGGCUUCUCCUGAAAGACGAACCUUUUAGGGCUAUUCAAGUUUUUCUAAACUCUUUUGUACCGGAGUUUGUUACCCCAUGCCUUUACUUAAGUGCUUGGUUACAAAACAGCGAUGAAACUCCAUUUGAGACGGUAUAUGAGCGAACAAUUUGGGAUUUCUUAGAUGAAAAUCCAGAUCAUAAGCAGAAAUUCUACGAAGAAAUGGUAAGUGACUCACUGUUAAUUGGAAAGGCUGUAAUGGAAGAAUGUAAAGAAGUGUUCGAGGGUUUAAAGACCUUGGUCGAUGUGGGAGGCGGCACUGGAACUAUGGCCAAGGCUAUAGUGAAAAAGUUCCCAUUCAUUAAAUGCACUGUGUUUGAUCUCCCACAUGUUGUCGCUGAUUUGCACGGUACUGAAAACUUGCACUCUAUUGGCGGAAACAUGUUCGAGGCAAUCCCACCUGCAAAUGCACUUUUACUAAAGGUGGUGUAUAUGACUGUUAUCAAAUUGUUGUUAUUAUUUGAAGUAUAUUAUUUUUAAUGUUUUAUUAUUUUA